AUGAACAAUCGGCCGGUGGAACAGGCUUUGAGCACGUUGGUGCCUACUCAUGCCAAUGACCUCCCGCAAGAACUUCUCAGUUAUGCAAUGUCUCUAGUUGCACAGUCCCGGAGCUUCUCAAGUAGUUUGAAGCCCGAAGAGGAAAUCGCUCGACCAUAUGCCUGUGCAGAAAUCGCUUGCAAAAGAUUGACUCGGACUCUUCAACUUCCUCCACUCCUCGGACACCCGCCAUGUCCGCCGCGCGUAUAUAAAAAGCUCUAUUCAUACCUUGAUCGAUCCCUUACGGCGAGUUCAGCUGGUAUAAAACGAUCAGCGAGUGUGUCAGUUCCCGGAACACCCUCGCGUGCUGGUUCAACGCCUACUACACCUAAGAAGGGCGCGGCAGCCAGGAACACCCCUUCUAAGGCAGUCGCUCCAACACCACGAGGACUACAAAACACACCUUCGAAAUCAACACCCUUGAAACGAAGCAUGAGCACGGCAAAUCGCCUAGAAAGUCCAUCAAAAUCGGCAAGAAAGCCUACAACCACCCGAGUCCAAGAUGGUCAUGAGUCAACCAUCAUUCCAGAUGCGCCUGCUUGGGUGAUGACAGCUAUACGGACUGUAUGCAAGAUUCUCUCAACUCCUGCUCCGCGCACAAAUACCUGGUCGAGGCCUCCAAUCUCGAGGACUCUUCCUCCACACAUCUUUGCGGGUGUGUCCUCUGUCCUUUAUAUCACGUCGAGCAUGUCCAACGACGAGGAGGGAUGGGAUAGGGAGAGUUUGAAUUUUCUGGAGCCUAUUGUGUCUAUCAAUGGCUCUGACAAAGAUGAUGACUUCCAAGAACUGGUAUACGCCUUGGUUGUGGCAGUAUAUUUCCUGGUACUCGCCCGUCGUCGUAAUCCAGGCCCAGAUCAAGAGGCGGAAAUUGAAGCACAGAAGAUGGACAAGAAAACAUUCAUUGAGAUGCGUCAAACGGCACUGAACAGCCUUGGGCUCAAAGCUAAUGACCGAAGGCAUCGCGACGAUGUUGACCAAUGGAUCAGUCUUAUCAUGGAGCAUGGUUGGGCCAACGGCAAGGAAUGGUUUGAGAACAUUGCCUAUGCCGGGCAGCUUUUUGGUGAAGAUGAGGAAGGCAAGUCCUACCAAGACUUGGACGAGGAGGAUGCGACACUGCGGGGUGUCAAGCUCCCAAAACGCACAACGGGCGGGGAUGGAGCUCGUGGCUCGCAAUUAGAUCACGCCCCACGUGGUGGCCUUUUGCCCGGCCUGGGGACGAUGAUGCAGGAUCGAGUGGAUUGGCUGAGCGAUGACCGUCGGGAGGAAUAUGUGGAUUGGAAAGCGGAUAUCAUGGCUCGCAUUGGAGGUGCAGCUGCUUGA